GAAACGUUGACCUAACGAAUUAAACAGAAUAAAUUCUAGAUUGGAUUGCCAAUGAUUGAAGCCCAUUCAAUUUGAAUGUUCAAUUCAUGUAUUUGAUCCAGUUCGAUACGGUCAACUUCACACCUGAUCUGCGUCGCCUGCACAAAAAAUGUCAUCAAUGACAGAACCAAAGUGGCGCGCAACAUUGUCAGCAUAGUCAUUGAAUUACGUCGUAUUAGAGCACACAGUAGAAGGAGGUGAACACGAGUAGACGACUGUCAUUAGAAGAAGUUGAAAAAAUCAGGAAAUUGAUCAAUUUCGAAUGAUUCGAAUCAUUUGUGUGUUCGGCUAACGAAGUGAAAGGAACAUUGAACCACGAUGAAUCCGUAUCGAAGCAAAGGGUGUUGUAGCAGCAACAAUACUAAACGUAAACGCAAGCGUUCAUCGGUAGACACAAUAGUCGAAGUGAAAGUGAAGCAAGAUGUAGUUGUCAAAGAGGAGACAGUGGACAAAGCAGAAAUGGUUGAUAUUACACGGCCACUGCGACAACCACCAUCGACUGAAGCGACCGGCAUGGUCAAAUCAGAGGCUGAGACCGACAGCGAAGUCGAUUUUGAAUACGAUAUUGAUUGUGUGAAGGGAGAGGUGAAAAGUGAAAACGGAUGUGUGAAGAAGGAAUGCGGUUCAUCACAAGGUGCUAGCUCCUCCGAUGGUGGUGACAAUCUCGACGAUAUAGCGGCAGAUGCAAGCAACGCAGGACCAAGGUCAAACAGCCGAGAAAAGCACAAGCGUGGAUCGAAACGAGAAAAUAUUACGAAUCAAAAGAAGCAAACCAAUGCCAAGGCAUCGAAGAAAACAGCGGUAAAAUACAAUCUCACACAACACAUUCGAGUCCACACCGCUGAAAAACCAUUCGUUUGUGAAGUGUGCGCAAGAUCUUUUGCAUGGAAAAGCAGUUUCAAACGCCAUGAAAAAACCCACGGUCCUCCAUUGGCAUUCCGUUGUUCAGAGUGUCGUCGAGGAUUUGCUCAAGACAUCGAUAAAACCGACCACGAAUCCAAAUGCCAGCAGCGUCAGUACGUGUGCUACGCGUGUAAACAUAUCGCACCUUAUGUGUUCAACUUGAAGCGUCACAUGCGAACGCACAGUGGACAAAAGCCUUUCGGGUGUUCGGUUUGUUCUAGAAUAUUUGCAGAAAAAGCUAAACUUCGCGAUCAUUCACGCACUCACGUUGAACAGCUUCCAUUGGCCUGCUCAAAAUGUGCUCAACGAUUCGCUGAGGCAAAUGAGGAACGGUCACAUGAGAAACGAUGCAUCGGUCGUAGAUUCGAAUGUUAUUUGUGCCAGUACGAAUGUUUCCAGAAAAGUCAUUUGAAGUACCAUAUGCGAUCAAAACACACGGGCGAUAAGCCAUUUAAAUGUGCAGUUUGUGAAAUGGAAUUUUGUCAGAAGUUUGGACUGGAACGUCAUUUGGCCACACAUACAAAACCACAUCCAAUACGUUGCUCCAAAUGCUGGGUACGAUUCACAGACGAAGACAAAAAGAAUGUGCACGAAGCACAAUGCAAUCGCCGCCUUCGCCAAUGCUACUUGUGCAAAGUGAAUACAAUUAAUUCAAUACACCUAAAAAACCACAUGCGAGCUCAGCACACCGGAGAAAAACCAUUUCAAUGCGAACUCUGCGGUGCUCGAUUUGUGCGGAAAUUCGAUACGGCUCGCCACAUGACACGCCACCAUGGUUUGAACAGCCAAAUUUAAUUUUGCAUAAAAAAUCGGAAUAUAUUCACUCACUACGUGCUUCCAUGCUUUCCAUCCAGAAAAAAACGAACUAAAUAACAGAAGACACAACGAAAUAAAAUAACUUUACUCAGUAUUCACAGACAACUAAUGAUAUUUUUUGUCUAUAACUGACACACAACAAAUCAGAUUGAAUAAAACAGCAGACACUCUCAUAUGACAUUGUCUAAACUUUGUGUUCCGAUCAAUUUAUGCUUUGAACCAUUUCCUUUACUUUCCAUCUAAUCGAAUCUAAUUCCAUUCAAUUCAAUGUAAAAUGAAGUCAAAACUUGUAACUCAUGGCACAGAAAUGGAAAUAAAGUCUCCCAACUUCAGAAUAACAA